AUGGGUAAUCAUAACGAUAUUGAUUUACUUGCAAAUAAUGCAUGUUUAUUAUUACAAAUGUGUAAUAUGAGUUCAGAUAUUCCUGUGAUUAAAGGUGCAAAUAAACCUCUUGCUUGUGCCUAUCAUGGUCAUUCAGGCAUUAAAGUGCAUGCACAAAAUGGAAUUGGAAAUGUUAAAUAUCCAGUAAAAAAUUUAAAUCGAAAUCCUAUUGAACAAUACAAAAGUAUGAGUGCCGCACAAUUUAUUGUUCAACAUGUGUUAGCGAAUCCAGGUGAAAUAACACUGCGUGCUAUUGGUCCGUUAGCAAAUAUUGUAUUAGCAGUGUCAAUCGGUGGAGGGAAAUUUAUUAAAUCUGUUAGAAGAGUGGUUAUUAUGGGUGACUCCGUCGGAGGAUUUGGUAAUAAAACAGUCGCAACUGAAGUUAACUUGGCAAAUGAUCCACAUGCAGGACGAAUUGUAUUUCAUGCUUUUAACAACAUAACAAUGGUUGGGUUAAAUUGUACUCGCCAACUCCCAUUAAGUAAAGAAAUACGGGGAGAAAACUGA